AAAAAGAAAAUAUGUCAGUAUUAUUUCCUCUUUAAAAGGAGACAACUGAGAGAUAGCAUUUAAUUUUUUUUUAGCCAUUAUUGAGCAAGAUGAUCUAUCCAUCACUAUUUAUGAGUAGGAUCAUAAGCUUUGCAUUGCUUCAUUCUCUUUUUGAGAAGACAGCUGGAGUUAAAAAACAUACAACACAGGAACUGUGAGGUUUACCCAAAUAUCAUGAGGUCACAGGAUGUGUCAGCCAGAAAUCCAUGUGCUCCUUUUGCUGGACAGAGAGUGAAUAAAUCCAGGAACUGUGUGGAUUCAGCACUGCAGCUCUGCACCUUGGGUUUGAGAGGGGAUUUUUUUAGAAGGGGCUUUUCAUCUUCUACAGAUGCAAAGCUAAAGAAAAAAAAAAGAAAACCAAAAAAAAACAGAUAAAAACAUAGGAACUCCUCUUCAGAACUAUCUAUUUGUGGUAUUUGUGCAGAUGUGGGUGUACAGCAGAGUGCUUCGUGUUAUUUUAAAGAAUUUGCCUCACACAGGCAAAUUCUAAAGGUAAAGCUGAAGGAAAUCAGUAUUAUCCCGACAAAGGCGGCAGGUCCAGCUCUGGUGAGAGGAAAUUUUUGGCAGAUUUUCAGUAUCACCACGUCAUGCAGGUGUAAUGUUUCACAUGUGGCUUCUGGCCCAUUGUAGAAGAGCUCUUUACAAUUGCAGCUUUUUUUGUUUUCCUCUCCUCCUUUCUUCCAUCCGAUGUUGUCGCGGCUCUGUACACAAAGAAAUCGCUAUGCCCGUGUGGCACAGGGAAGGGUCCAGAACCCACCCUGCAGGUACCUCUGUGCUGGCUCUGCACCCUGUGGUCUGCUCCCCAUCUUGGUGUUUGUAAAGGGUGACAAAAGAUAAUCAACUCUCCCCAGCAUCCUCAGCCUUCCCCACGUCCUUCCACCUCUGUGAUUGCCAUGGGGUUUGUCUUGAAUAAACACGCCAGAAGCUGCACCUCAGAGUGGUUGGACCAGGCAGUGAUUAAUAUUUAGUGAAGCACCAUGGACAAGAUAAAUUCAAGCCCAAUAAAUCAGCAGACCAUGGAUAAAAAGAAGGCAGCAUUCAAACAACCUUCUGAAAGGACCAACAAUACCCUAAAGAAAGAGGGGUUUGUAUUUUCUUUUGUAAAACCAUUUCCAGAAGCUGCUAAAAUUCCUCUCCCACCAGAGGAACCAGAAGAAGAUCCUGACCUGUCAGAGGAGCUGUUUGAGAGCAAACCUAACUAUGACCAGGACUUGGAGAAAGAGUUUUCCAGAGAAGAGGACACAGAUGCAGAGCACACCUUGUGCAACAAAUAUGAGGAGAAGAUCCGACCCUGCAUUGAUCUUGUGGACAGCCUGAGAGCUCUUGGAAUAGAAAAGGACCUGUCCUUGCCUGCAAUUGCAGUGAUUGGAGACCAGAGCUCUGGGAAAAGUUCUGUCCUCGAGGCCCUGUCUGGUGUUGCUCUCCCCAGGGGCAAUGGUAUUGUCACUCGAUGUCCCCUGGAACUUAAACUGAAGAGGUUGCCUGAAGGGCAGGCAUGGCAAGGGAAGAUCUCCUACCGAAAUGUAACCCUGGAUCUCCAGCACGCCUCUGAGGUGGACAGAGCAAUAAGGCAAGCCCAGGAUAUUGUGGCUGGCCCUAGAGGUGCCAUUAGCGGGCAUUUAAUUUCCCUGGAAAUUCGUUCCCCUGAUGUCCCAGAUCUGACACUAAUUGAUCUUCCUGGAAUUGCCAGAGUGGCCGUGGGGGACCAGCCAAAAGACAUCGGGGACCAGAUCAAAAGUCUACUUAAAAGAAUUAUUGGCUGCAAAGAGACAAUCAAUUUGGUAGUGGUGCCAUGUAACGUGGAUAUUGCAACAACAGAAGCAUUGAAAAUGGCUCAAGAGGUGGACCCUACUGGACAAAGGACAAUAGGAAUUCUCACAAAACCCGACCUCGUGGACAGGGGAACUGAAGAGGCUAUUGUUAAAAUACUGAGAAACAGGGUAAUCCCCCUCAAAAAAGGCUACAUGAUUGUGAAGUGCCGUGGGCAGCAGGACAUCCACGACAAACUGACCUUGGCUGCUGCAAUCCAACAGGAGAGAAUCUUCUUUGAGAACCACAAACAUUUCAGGGCUAUUAUGGAAGAAGGGAAGGCUACUAUCCCCCGUGUGGCAGAGAAGCUCACAGAUGAGCUUGUGAAACACAUUAUUAAAACUUUGCCAGCACUGGAGAGCCAAAUUCGUGACACCUUCCACAAAACAUCGCAGGAGCUGCAAAAGUACAACAGAGGCACACCUCAAACAGAGUCUGAGAGGCUGUUUUUCCUCACAGAUUUGAUCAAACUCUUCAACCAAGACAUCUCUCAGAGCACACGGGGAGAGGAGCAGCUGUUUGGGGAUGAGGUCAGACUGUUCACCAAGGUCCGCAAGGAAUUCUGCUCAUGGGGCGUGAUCCUCCUGGAGUCUGAUGCGAGGGCUAAAAAAGCGGUCCCUGGUAAAGUGUGUAAAUAUGAAGACCAGUACCGUGGGCGGGAAAUCCCAGGCUUCAGCAACUACAGGACUUUUGAGGACAUUAUAAAAGAGCAGAUCAGAGAACUGGAGGAGCCAGCAAUUGAAAUCCUGAACAACGUGAUAAAACUGGUUGAAGAGAAAUUUAUUGAACUCGCUAACAGGAAUUUUGCUAAUUUUCACAAUCUAAACAGAGCUGCCAAGAUGAAAAUUGAAGACAUUAGAGAGAAGCAAGCGGUGGAGGCUGAAAGACUUAUCCGGACACAGUUUAAAAUGGAGAGAAUCGUGUACUGCCAGGAUGACCUUUACACUCAUGAUUUAAAUACUGUUAAGGCACAAAAUGUUUUCAACACGUCCUCAGAAAAAGAUCUGAAGUAUCUGUUUGCUCCAAAGGACUCGUCUCUUACCGUGGAGAUGGCUUCUCACACCAGUGCCUAUUUUUCUGAAGCAAGGAAACGCCUCACCAAUCAGAUACCUCUGAUCAUCCUGUCUUCUGUCCUUCAUGACUUUGGAGAAAAUGUGCAGACCUCAAUGCUGCAACUUCUGCAAGAUAAAGAGAAGGUAAACUUUCUCCUCGAUGAGGACUCUGAAGCUGCUAAAACCAGGAAUUGCCUCAGCCAAAGAGUUGAGCGUCUCACCAAAGCUCUCCAGUACCUGAGAGAAUUCAGCUCCUUGUAAUUUGUUUUUCACUUUUUUUCUCCUCAUCUACUAGCAUUACUGAAGAAUUUUGUAUAAUCCAAAAAAAAUGUAGUGUCAGCCCAGACUUUUGAUACUAAUUUCUGGUGUUCAGUUUUUCUUUAUUUUCCAUAAUCAUAUGUGUUGUGGUGUGUUUUUUUUUUAAAAUGAUGUUUGUUCAGUGUCUGUUCAUUUCCCUCCUCCCCAAUCUCCUCCCCUCCCCAGCUGUCAAUCUUCUCAAGCUCUUCCCUAACCCCCUCCUCUCCAAGUUGUCAAUCCUCCCUUUCCCUGCCCCUUUCCCUAGAACAUUCUCUGUCAUUCCUUCUAGCCCCUUCCCCUUCUUCCAGAGCGUUCCGUCCAUUUAGUGAGACUCAACACCCCAUUGGUUAUUUUGUGUUAUUCCACUCCCCUGUUUCCCCUGAUAGGUUUGUGAUAUGUUAGUCCCACCUUAAACUCCUCCCCUGCUCUACCCUCAUUGGUUGCUGUUCCUUCACCCCUCCUGAGUUCUGGUAUAAAACCUUUGUUUGCCCUCCCAGGAGGGUCUUGGGGCUCACUGAAUAAAUCCAUGUUGUUACACCCCAAGUCCCGUGUCGCCUCCAUCUGUGCCCGUGCUAUAACUGGGACAGCAGAGCUCACAGGGGAGCAGCCGCCCGUUCUGUUCCCUCAUCGCUCAGCUCACCACUGAUACAACACGUGCAAAGAGCUGCCUUUGCAUAAAGAGCUCCACUGGGGGAGUUGUGAUUAAAUAAACACUAUCCCAUUUUUGAACAUUUCCUUUGUGAACUCUGUGCAACCACUGGAAUAAUCAUUAAAAAGCUAACACUCUGAGGAUUA